CUGGCUCCCUUUGGAAUUCAAUUUCAGUUGGAAAUCUCUUAGAUCAUCAAAAACAUCCGUCAGUGACUUAACCUAAAAGAAAAAAGAAAAAGAAAAAUGGCGACAAAUGGUUUAGUGACGGGACUGAAAGUGUUUUUGCCGGUGAUGUUCUGCGUCAUGUUAGCGACUCUAAUCUACACUAUCAUUACCGAUGGCCUUCCUGAACCCGAUCGUCCUGAUGUCUUCACUCCAUGGUUCGCUACGACGAUUUUGGAUUUUUACAUCAACAUCGUUCCUAUUGCGGUGUGGAUUGUGUACAAGGAGUCUACAUGGUUUGGUUCUAUACUCUGGGCCAUUUUGCUCAUUGUAUUUGGAAGCCUGACGACGUGUGUGUAUCUGUUUAUGCAACUUAUCAAGCUGACACCUCAAGAGGCUUCUGAAGAUCCUAUGUACUACUUGUUACUCCGUGAUUCCUUCAAGGAUGGAGUUGGUCUUAGAGACAAGAAAUCCCUUGUCGUCCCAGCAAGAUUUGUGUUUGCUGCCUUAGCCUGUCUCAUGCUUGCUGCUUUAGUUUACACCUGCUUGACUGAUGGUUCUCCUUUCCGCAUGGACCUUCUUUACCCGUGGAUGGUGGUUUUACUGGUUGGCUUCUACAUUAAUGUCGCUGUUUUAUCAGUUUGGGUUGUGUAUAAAGAAUCUAGCUGGAUCAUUGGAAUUCUCUGGGUUGCUCUGUUACUAUCUCUUGGAAGCUUUGGCACGAGCGUAGUCAUUGUGGUGCAGCUAUUCCGUCUCUCUCCCCUCGACCCGCUAUACUUCGUUCUGGUCAAAAACAGCAAUCGGGCUGGAGAUAUGUAUGAGCGCACUUAUUCUGCGGUUUUGCGUAUGUGAAGAAGCUUCCUUGUUUUCAUAUUUUUUUUAUUACCACACAUUUUAAAAAACAUUUAUUAGUCUUCCCACACAGUACAAUUUGUGUUAUGCAUGUAUUAUUCCCCGAAAUACGUGGAUGAUUCUUCUGUAUAUCAGUUACUUUCAUUUCACAGAUAAAUCUAUUAUGCCGUUAGCCUGUUGAAUAAAAUAGUUGUUGUUUUUG